GACGCAUAUCCUGCGAUAAGUCACCACUGAGAAAGAAGAGUCAAAACCAUUUUUUUUUUACAGUCUAUGGUGUAAACAGAAGGAUAUGGCCGACGAGAGGGGUGCAGGCGACAACAAUAUCAACGACAACAUGGGCAACCAACUACAGCUCUUACCCGAAAAUGAAGAGGAAGAGGAGAAUGAGAUGGAGACUGAGGACCGUGACAGUGAGGACGCAGAAAAACCAAACAUAAACUUUGACCCCAGUCUUCCAACUUCACAUGCUUACCUGGGCUCAGACAUGGAGGAGUUUCAUGGGCGCACAGUGCACGAUGACGACAGCUGCCAGACCAUCCCAGUGCUGCCGUUCACAGCUGUCAUGCUGAUCCCAGGACAGACCCUGCCGCUGCAGCUCUUCAGACCGCAGGAGGUCAGCAUGAUGCGAAGCAUUAUCCAGAGAGACCGCACCUUUGCUGUUCUUGCACACAGUGAAACAGGCGAGGUGCAGGCAGAGUUUGGGACGACGGCUGAGAUCUAUGCUUACCGCGAGGAGCAGGAGUAUGGCAUUGAGACAGUCAAAGUGAAGGCAGUCGGGCGGCAGCGGUUCAAGGUCCAUGAAAUCAGAACGCAAGCAGAUGGAAUCAGACAGGCCAAGGUGCAGAUCCUCCCUGAGCGGAUCCUUCCAGACCCCCUGACUGCAGUGCAGCUCACGCCUCUGUCCCGCCUCCACAUGCACCCCUCCUCCAGACCCCCUACCCAGAGCUGCAAACAGGCCCAGUGCUGGUGGGCCACCUACCGCCAGAGGAAGUUCCACUGUGCCAACAUGACCUCGUGGCCUCCCUGGGUCUACGCCCUCUAUGACUCUGAGACUCUGAUGAAGAGAGUGAAGAGACAGCUCCAUGAGUGGGACGAGAACCUCAAGGAUGAUUCCCUCCCCACAAACGCUAUAGAUUUCUCCUAUAGAGUGGCUGCCUGUCUGCCCAUAGAUGAUGCCCUUCGGCUCCAGCUGCUGAAGAUUGGCAGUGCCAUCCAGAGGCUGCGCUGUGAGCUGGACAUCAUGGCCCGGUGCACCUCGCUGUGUUGCAAGCAGUGCCAAGAUACAGAGAUCACCACCAAGAACGAGAUCUUCAGCCUGUCUCUGUACGGCCCCAUGGCAGCCUACGUCAACCCCCACGGCUACGUCCAUGAGACCCUGACCGUCUACAAAGCCAGCAACCUCAACCUGGUCGGUAGGCCGUCCACGCUCCACAGCUGGUUUCCAGGGUAUGCCUGGACGAUUGCUCAGUGUCGUACCUGUGCUUCACACAUGGGAUGGAAGUUCACAGCCACCAAGAAAGACUUGUCCCCUCCUCGUUUCUGGGGCUUGACCCGCUCGGCCAUGCUGCCCCGCAUCCCCCAGACUGAGGGUGAGGAGGGGGAUGAGGGCUCCCGCCUGCUCUGCCUGUGACAACAUGGGGAACUCCCCUCCCCACCCCCCAUGUCCCCAAUGGAUCUUCGAUCGCCCCACCCUGUCCACUGGGCAAGGGUCUCUAUUUUAGUAAUCGAGGCGUCCCGCCCAACCCCCUGACAGCCAUUGCAGCACAUUCAUCAUAUUAGUGUAAAGGUCAUCCUGCUUUAAAAUGGCAUUUUCUAACAUAGAGGGGGGCAAGGAGGAGGUGGGAGGGGUGUUUUGUUCCUGACUGCAGGGACACUGCUGAUGGAAUGCGUUGCACAUCGACAGAUAGAUGUGGGGAAUGGAGCAAGAGAUUAGUUCUGCAACACAGCAUAUCUUCCCCAUAGCAUGUUACUCUUGACCUGUCUGUAUGGCUGUCUACUGUGGUCUGUCUAUCCAGCUUCUAUGCUAUUUGCCACAGACACGGCACGCACCAGUGCAUUGCCACUUGCUCUUAAACAUAGUGGGUGUGACUUUGCAUGCGGUAUCCAGCUAGGUGUAUAUAGGCUUAUAGACAGCCAUCAAGAGGACCUUCAGUACCCAUAAUCUAUCUCUAAACAAACCAGUCAAUAGAAAGCCACUUGUGAUUCAGGUCCACUGUUUGUCCUCGAUGUGUUUCUCAGAGAAGCUCAGUUCAGCUGGAUCGGUCAUAGAGAGUUAAACCAUGUCAAAUCCACGGUUUAGACGGUGUACGUACAUAUGAAAGUAUACUUCUUUUACAAGGAUGUAUCAUGCCUUUGUUUCAUAUGCCCGUUGAAUGCAUAUGAUGGAGGAAUUCGGAACAUGAACAAUGUAAGGAAGCUAUUGCUUUAUUUUGAAAUGCGUGGAAAUAUAUUAUUUGAUUGGUUUUCAUAUUUUCACAUUGUCUCAAAUGUACACUAUAUGUAAUACACAUGUAGAGAUAGAGGUUUCUAUUUUGAAACAGGUGGAGGCCCAUUGAACUGCAAGACACUGUUCCUCUGAAGACAAGGAGUACCUCUGGUUAGUGAAGACUAGAGUUGGUUUGAUGCCUGGUGUACUAUAGACUUGGAUAGCAGGGCACAAGGCAGUGGAGCCAGAGAUACUAGAAUUUCAGUCUUUCACCAUGGUUCUAUAUGUGAUGUUGCUGCACUAAGGGCAUGGCUGGAUGGCGUGCCUAUGGUCCAAAUCAAUGUCUAAUGAGCCACACAAUUAAAUGGGACAUUGUGUUAAUUAACCUGUAUUGGUUAAAAAUGGCAACAUUAUAUCAAGUGUUACCUACAUAACUAUAUUUUUGUUUAGAUCAAUGUAAUUGUUUUAAAUUAAGAAUUGUAUUCCUUGCUGAUGUACAAAGUUAUUUUGGCUCAUGUUUGUAAGUAACCAAUAAGAAUCAAUGUAGCAAUUCUGGUCUGAUAUAGCUGAUUUAUCUAUGUAGAACCUCAACACUCUUGCCCCUCCCAUUGCCGUGUAUUUCCAUUUUAGAACAUGUAAUACAUGAUUGAUUUGUUCAGCUCGAUUAUCAACAUUUGAGUAAAGUAAUUCCACGCAAUAAGAAAUGUUCUGCAAUACGA